AUGGGAUGUUGGACAACGAGUUGCGACCUCGGACACCUGAAAGCGCACUCCAAGGUGUCCGUGUUCUUUACCAUGAUCCUCAUAUUCACCUAUUUAUUCUAUUGUCUCACCGGAUACUGCGAUUCCAUGCCGAGUCCACUGUAUAUCCGUCAGAGUUUCAGAAGCAAACUUUUCGUAAAGGAGGGGAAGAAACUCGCGCAAUGGAACGGCUCCAUCGUUCGCGAACUCCCCGAGCGGGAUGCGACAGACGUGGAAGAUGAGAAGCGGCAGCGAGGUUUAGGUUAUGGCACGUACAACAAUAUCUCCGUGUCAAACAACUUUGGGACCAAAGAGUUUCCUAAGGCGAUUAUUAUCGGCGUGAAAAAGGGAGGAACGCGCGCGCUUCUGGAGUUCCUGCGCGUUCAUCCCGACGUGAGAGCGGUGGGCGCAGAGCCGCACUUCUUUGACAGGUUCUAUGAGAAGGGCCUCCAGUGGUACAGGAAUCUAAUGCCUCGUACUUUAGACGGCCAGAUCACCAUGGAGAAAACACCCAGCUACUUCAUCACCCGUGAAGCGCCAUCCCGCGUCUUCUCCAUGAGCCGCAGCACCAAACUCAUUGUGGUGGUCCGUGACCCUGUGACCCGGGCCGUGUCGGACUACGCUCAGACUCUGACUAAAAACCCCGGCCUGCCGUCUUUCCAGAAUUUGGUCUUCAAGAACUCCACCACGGGUCUGAUCGACACCUCCUGGAGCGCCGUGAGGAUCGGCAUCUACGCCAAACACCUGGAGAACUGGCUCAGGUAUUUCCCGCUCGCGCAGUUUCUUUUCGUGAGCGGAGAGAAGCUGGUGACGGACCCCGCAGGAGAAAUGGGCCGGGUGCAGGAUUUUCUGGGACUCAAACGGGUGGUGACCAAUAAGCACUUCUACUUUAACCAGACUAAAGGCUUCCCCUGCCUCAAAAAGCCGGAAGGAAGCAGCAGACCGCGAUGCCUGGGGAAAUCGAAAGGCCGACCACAUCCACACACACCAGCAGAAGUGCUGCACAGACUCAGGGAUUUCUACAGGCCUUUCAACAUGAAGUUCUACCAGAUGACUGGUCAGGACUUUGGCUGGGACUAAACACUUG